GCCGCAUACGCUACGCCACUCGCGAUCCAGGCCAACAGGAGACCGUGUACCUGCGCAACAAGCGCCAUGUCAUGCCACAACAAGACGAGGCUUUCGAUCGUCACGAUGACAGGUCAAGUUCCUCUCUUGGACUUGCAGUCCCGUUCCAUAACCAUCGGUUGCGUUGGUUCGUUGCUUGACUUGUCCGCCAAACGGCCACCAAACGACCAGAUGCGAAGUCGAAAUCUAUCCAAGGAUCUCUGGCUGCGCCGUUCCUGCAGGUCAAGGUUUGAUUCCUUAUCUCUCCUUUCCUGCAGAGACGUCACCAGUUAUAAAUAGACAUGGAGAAUUCUGGCUCUGAGGAAUUUCUUGCCGUAAAACUCUUUCGCCGUUCAAAUAUUUCGCCUCCUCGCCGUUGGGGCUCACUCACCUGCUGCGGAAUAAUAACGACGACACCGUCUAAAAAAGCUCCACAUACUCAAACACCCACCUCUCAGGUCCAUCCUCCAUCGGCCAACACAAGCAGUAAUUCGCUUUUGCUAGGGCUUCUCCCUCCUCUCGUCACGGGGCAGUCAAUAAUACGAGCACGUUAGCAUCCCUGAUCCCGGCCGCGGCAGAUGGAAUCGACUGAUUUUCUUGGACAACAUCAUCGAUAGUCCUCUGCUUCUCCCGGGUCCUCCACUUAUUCUGCUCCAUUUCUUCUUCUUCCCUUCUACUUCUCUUCUUCUUCUCGACGAUCUAUUGGCAGCGAGAGCAUUGAAACAUUUUAUCCGGCUUCGAGUUGCCAGGUCUACUUGAAAAUUCAGCUUGUUUUCCCUCUUCUCCAGCCUUAUCCGGACGAUCCCGUUUCCUUUACCCCUGAUUGGAAUCCAUCCCGCUAGCAUCGACUCGACGGUUUGCAUUUACAAGACUUACUUAUCCAGCCCGUCUGGCUCUCUUUUGCGAGCCGUUGCCUCGUUUCGAUCUCGCUCGUAUCGCCGCUCGCUGUGCUCCCCACAUUCUUCGCUUUGGAUCCUGGGGUACAUACAUUUCAACGUCCUAGCAGGCUGUGUGAUUUGUUGCUCAAGCUUCGACUGAACGGUUUCCAGGAUGCCUCUCUGCGGAGGAGAGAAGACUGAGAAGCGCAAGCUGGUGCUCCUAGGAGACGGUGCAUGCGGCAAGACUUCGUUGCUAAACGUCUUUACCAGAGGGUGAGUUUAAGGAAUACCUUCUUGAAUGAGACGAGAAAAAAAUUUAAGCUUAUAUCGGCUAACACUACCCUAGAUUUUUUCCCACCGUCUAGUAUGCUAUUCCUACGAGCUCUGCGUUUUUUUACAGUUGCUAACAUAUUGCCCUCCCUUAAAGUGAACCCACUGUAUUUGGUAUGUCUGGACUUGACAUCGGAAAUUAUUUAGGAGUAUAUACGCUAAUACAAAAUAUUACUUAUAUAGAGAACUAUGUCCAUGGUAGACCUCUCUCGCCGCCUCACGAUCAAGAAAGACAAACGCUUACGAUGAAAAACAGAUAUAUAUGUUGACAACAUCCACAUGGAGCUAUCCCUCUGGGAUACGGCCGGACAAGAGGAAUUUGACCGCCUCCGUGCUCUAUCAUACGAUGACACCCAAGCUAUAAUGCUCUGUUUCAGUGUUGAUAGCAAAGAUUCCCUCGAGAAUGUCGAGUCAAAAUGGCUAGCUGAAAUUGGCGAGAACUGCCCUGGCGCAAAGAUCGUGGUCGUUGCGCUGAAAUGUGACCUUCGAGAAGAAGCCAGUGAUGAAAAAGAUGAUGGCAGCAACACCCAGCAACAGCCAAAGCCAGUCAUUACCUACAGCGAAGGCCUCGAAGUUGCAAAAAGAAUUAAUGCUUUACGAUACCUAGAAUGUUCGGCUAUGAGAAACCGCGGAGUCAACGAAGCCUUUACUGAGGCGGCCCGAGUCGCUCUCUCGGUAAAACCAGCGAAAGCAUCUGAUAGAAGCGGCAAAUGCGUGAUCCAGUAGGAUCCAUACCCUUGACAUAUUUCUUACGAGUUUCUUUUCGUCUCGUCUUUCAUGUUCGAGCUGUUUGUCCUCCUCGCUUUCGCCUCUUCUCUGUAUUAUCUUGCGUCUACUUCUUCUUCUGCUACUGGACAAUCCACCUGUCCUGUCCUUCCUUAAUGUUUGAUGUUUCUAAUUCUUUACCCGGGCGCAAAUGUGGAACCCUGCAAUGUCUUUGAAGACAUUCAUUUGCUACCGCUUUCUAUGAAUUUUGAUGGUGUCUCUUAGGGUGCCAUCUGUAUAUAACUAUUUAUACCCUCCAUCGUCUAGCUGGAUGGCCUGCUUUGUCCCUGCCUUUUUCCAUAUCAUGACCUUUUUCCUUUCUAUUUUCAAUUCUGUCUGUCCUCUUCCCUUCCCUGGAACAUUUACCUUUCUGGAUAUCAAUUUGUCCAUGCAAUGCAGCUGAAACAUCAUCUCAUGUGAUCUAGAGACGACCCAGUUAACGCAUGAUGGCUGAUGUCUGUGUUAUAUGCUCUUUUAUCUGGAAAUACUCUCAUAUCUCACACCUCUAUAUCUAACACUUAAUCUAUAUCUUCCCUUUCUACCCUAGAUUUUUCAUUCCGUGUCUGGACGGAGAAUUUAUGCAUAUGAACGGGGGGUAUCAAACAAAGCACAAUACUAACCAAGUACAUCAUCCUCUUGGAUCCUAUAUACCUCGUCCAGCCUCGGGCCCUGACCACCACUGGGUCCUCCGGAAUUCACCCGGUCGACAAACGCCUGGACAAACCGCGUACUAACCUCCUCCAUUGUUACAUCUCCUACAUUCACACCCACACCCUCUAGACUCGUAGAUUCUUUGCCCUCAAGUCCACACGCAACUAUCUGCCGCAGAUACCAUAGUGGCUCCUCGGUAAUGCAGAAUCCGACGCCAUAACUGCUCACGAACCGUCGCAAAUGCACACCAACCGCGGCAACUUUGCGAGGUAUGCCGCUGUUCCCGGCAUCAGGUUUCACCCACACACCCGGAUCUUCAGUAGUUGUUCCGCCUUUCACACCAAACCCUUUUAACACAUCGAGUACACUGUUUUCAAGUAGCCUGAUGUGACAUCUCGGCCCGAUACGUAAGGCCCGGAGAUCCAGUAUGGUAUAUAUAACUAGCUGGCCGGGGCCAUGGUAUGUAGUUUGCCCACCACGUAGAGUAGGAUAAUAUUCAGCUAGAUGUUGGGCGGCAUUGGUAGGAGAGGAAGUCGGCGUU